GCUUUAAUCUCUUCUCAUUUCAUCCCACUCAAACCCUAACAAAAACAAACACAGACCACCAUUCACACUCACCAAAACCUUCACACAACCAACCAAACACACACUCACAACUCAUUACAAACUCUUUAUCAAACAAUCUCUCCAAUGUUACCCACCAUGGAUUCUAAGAUCUAUGGUGCAGUCAACAUUUUCAUGUUGUUCAUUGCAUUCAUGAAUGUCAACGCAUUGCAGUCAACUCAAAUAAGCUCCAACUCAGUUCUCGUUGCUCUUCUGGAUUCCCACUACACAGAGCUAUCAGAGCUAGUCGAAAAAGCCCUUCUUCUACAAACACUUGAACAAGCAGUCACUCAUCAUAACAUCACCAUUUUCGCACCAAAUAAUGAAGCUCUUGAACGCCAAAUGGACCCUGAGUUCAAACGGUUCUUACUCGAGCCGAGGAAUCUGAAAUCUCUCCAGAAUUUGAUUCUUUACCAUAUUAUCCCGGGUCGGGUCGGGUCACAUAACUGGCCUGGAGAUGGAGAUGCAGUUGUUCAUCAUUCUACACUUUGUGUUGGUGAAUCCGACAACCGGUUACCGAUAAUGAAAAUGAAAUCGGGUGAGAAAGUUGUCGGUGGAGUAGCGAAAGUUGUGAGGCCGGAUGACGUCAUCCGGCCUGACGGUUUGAUCCAUGGGAUCGAACGGUUGUUGGUGCCACAAUCGGUGCAAGAAGAUUUCAACCGGAGGAGGAAUCUGGGGUCCAUCUCCGCGGUUUUACCCGAAGGAGCCCCGGUAGUGGACCCCAGAACCCACCGGUUGAGAAAACCGGCUGGUCCUGCACCAGCCGGUUCUCCACCGGCUCUCCCGGUUUAUGACGCCUUGGCACCGGGGCCGAGUCUGGCGCCGGCCCCGGCGCCAGGACCUGGUGGCUCUCACCGUCACUUUGACGGCGAGAGCCAGGUGAAAGACUUCAUCCACACGCUUCUUCAUUACGGUGGGUAUAAUGAGUUGGCGGACAUUUUGGUGAACUUAACGUCGUUAGCGACGGAGAUGGGGAAGUUAGUUUCCGAAGGAUACGUGUUAACGGUGUUGGCGCCUAACGAUGAAGCGAUGGCUAAAUUAACUACUGAUCAGUUGAGCGACCCGGGAGCGCCUGAACAAAUAAUGUACUACCAUUUAAUACCGGAGUAUCAAACCGAAGAAAGUAUGUAUAAUUCGGUUCGACGGUUCGGGAAAGUGCAGUAUGAUACGCUGCGAUUGCCGCAUAAGAUGGUGGCGGAGGAGGCAGAUGGGUCGGUUAAGUUCGGUCAACAAGAGGAAUCAGCGUAUUUGAUUGACCCGGAUAUAUACACCGACGGGCGGAUAUCGGUCCAAGGGAUUGAUGGAGUUUUGUUUCCGACGAUGCUACCAUCGUCGGAAACGACAAAAGUGUCACCGCCAGUGACACCAAAAGUUGUUACAAAACAAAGAAGAGGGAAAUUAAUGGAAGUUGGAUGUUCAAUAGCUGGAGCACUUGGACAUAGUUGUUGAAUUUUUUUUAAUUCUUUUUUUUUAAAGAAAGUUGCGGAAAAAAAGGAAAUACAGAUACACAAGAGUUGUUAUUAGGAAGAUCUUGUCAUACCACAGAUGGAAGUGAACGGUGGAGAUUCCAUUUCCUUGUAAAGAUGAACAAAGCUUGCCUUUUUUUAUAAUUAUUUUAUUAAUAUCGUUUAUAUAAAUACUGUAAUUAUUGCCAAUGAUGUAUAUGAUUUUUUGAUGUAUUUAUUUAUUUAUUUAUUUGUUUUUCAAUAAAUAUACCAUCUUUUCCUCCUUAA